AUGAUAUCGUGUAUAUUUAUAGCAACAUCUACGGGAAAGGUGUUGCUGAUAAGAUUGUACAGAGGAGAUGUGACCAAGGAGGACGCGCUAAUAUUUUGCAGAAAUGUGCUGUCUAACAGUCGGAAUACAUAUGCUCCAAUGUACAGGUACGAGAAGUUCAACUUCUUCAGAGUCAACGUGGAAGGGAUAAACUUGGUCGCGUUGACGCGCCUAAACGGGAACUCGUUUCUCAUAUUACAUACUCUUAAAGAGUUAAAAAAACUCCUGCUGUCUUUCUUGUCAGGAGUGGUGACUGAGGAGAACAUUGUGGAAAACUCAUUUUUGUUGUAUGAACUGUUCGAUGAAGUGAUUGACGGAGGGUAUACCCAGAAUCUAGAGCCUCUGGUGUUAAUGGACGUUAUGGCCACCAAGGCAGCUAUCAAAGGAUCUAUGAUUGAUCCCAUCAAAUAUGCUAACUACUGGUUGGGAUUUCUGCCAAGGUUUGGAGUCUCAUCGGAAACGUUUCUGUUUGAGCAUCUUUUGCCGUUCGAAGGAAGACUAAACGAUUCAGAUGAGUGUCUAGAGUACUGUCAACAAGUGGUCUCGUUGAUGGCCACUUCAGUGAUUCCGCCCUGGCGCAAACUAAACACAGUUUCAGGCAGGAACUCAAUCACCGUAGAACUGACCGAAAACUUGAGCGUGCUAUAUAACUAUAAUUCUGAGUUAAUAAGCUACGAAGUUACCGGAAGCAUAGUGGUAAAUUCAAUGCUAAUUGGAACUCCAUUAGUACAUUUAAGGAUGAAUGACGAUUUUUCACAUAAUCUCUCAAAUAACUUAAAUUCAAGUUCAUCUUAUCAAACAAAUAAAGGUAGUAGCCAGUUCCACUUACCGGUUGCAGCCAAACAAACGGUUCGUUUGGAUGACUACAAGUUCCACCAGUGUGUGAAUUUAGAGAGUAUUAAAAGUAACAAGACUAUCACUUUUGUUCCUCCCGAGGGUAUGUUUGUACUUCUGUGUUAUAGGAGUACCACCUCAGCAACCAUCCCAUUUAUACUCCGGCCCAAGGUCAAACUCAUAGAUACUCUUCAUAUCAACUACUCCAUCUCACUAUCGCCCACCUUCUCCAAGGCAAUUAUUGCACAGAAGGUGUGCGUCAAGAUUCCAAUUCCAAGGACCACGAAGGAGAUUGUCUCAGGCACAAUAAGUACAGGAACCACAAUGGACGUCAAUUUGUCACAACACUUUGUAACUUGGAAUUUCAGAAAGUUGCAAGGAGAAACAACCUUCCUACUAACAUUCACAGCCUCUCUAACAACCGACAGGUUCAGUAACACACUUCAAUCGCUCCCUUCAAUAUCGCUUGGUUUUCAUCUGCCCUGGUUCAGUUCCUCAGGGCUCUUUUUCUCCUCCCUCCACUUCUCUAACACCAAAGGCAAGGUCGCCAAAAACAUUAAUUACGUAACCAAAGGAGGGUCAUACCUACAUCGCUUGAAAUUAAUAUAA